AUGGAGAAGUCCCUUGAUCAAGUGAAGGAGGACAUCAACCAAGUCUUCAUACACUACAAUAACCUUAAUAAGGUUGGAUUAAACAUCCCAAUUUACUUUGGAGGUGCAUUUCCUUCUCAAAUCCCCCGUUUUCUUCCCAAGGAAAAGGCCGAUUUAAUGCCUUUCUCAUCCCUAGAUCUACCCUUUCUUCUACGAGUUUUCGGCUUUGCUCCAAGAUCUCCUCAAGCUAGAGCCAUGGACAAUACGCUAAAGUUGUGUGGGAUGAAAAUGCACCAUGAAACUAAAAAAUGUGUUUCCUCCUUAGAGUCUAUGCUUGAUUUUAUUCACGAAACAUUUGACAGUUUCAGUAACAGUAAUAGUGAUAAAAACGAUCAAUCUCUUAAGUCUUGCAUUGUACGUCAUUACCCGGAACCUGAGAACCGUGUGUUCGAGGUUUCAUUAAGGGGCGACGAUGGAACAUCGAUGGAUGCUAUCGUGACUUGUCACAUGAACACCUCUAGUUUUGACCCUAAUCACGUCGCAUUUCACAUCUUAGGGUUUAAGCCCGGUGAUUUUCCGGUUUGUCAUUUCCUUCCUUCAAAUGAUCUAGUUUGGGUACCUAAUGCUAAGAAUUAA